AGGAGCAAACACUACUGGCAGGGGGCGGAGGGGGACGAGAGAAGUCGUAGUGUUCGGGACGGAGGUUCGGCUGAACCCUGCGAGACCGGAGACUGCUGCCGUUUCACUCCCGACUGGUUCUGAGUGUCCUUUUUAUUUUUUUAUUACUUUAUUUUUUUAUUCAGCUUUUAAUUGUGUCACAGAGGAACUCCUCCGGUUUUUUAAGUCGUCCUCAGCCAGUUCCGACGUGUUCUCUUGGGCUGGAAGCUUCUCUGCAGCUGGACGUGAGCGGAGCUCAGGAGGAAUUAAAGCCGAACAGAGGCGCUGGUCUGCGGCGGCUGGUUGGAGAAAAACUCAGAGCGAGCAGCAGCUGAGGAUCAUUCGGGCUCGGCGCCGCCUGCAGACAUGUCCGUGUACACGCAGCUGGGGCUGCUGCUGUGGAAGAACCUCACCUACAGACGACGACAGACGCUUCAGCUCCUGGUGGAGAUCGUCUGGCCGCUCUUCAUCUUCUUCAUCCUCAUCGCUGUGCGGCUAAACUACCCUCCAUAUGAGCAGCAUGAGUGUCAUUUUCCCAACAAGGCGAUGCCGUCUGCUGGAACGCUGCCCUGGAUUCAGGGAAUCCUUUGCAAUGCCAACAACCCCUGUUUCAGAAACCCAACGCCAGGCGAGUCUCCGGGUGUAGUUGGAAACUUCAACGACUCCAUAAUUUCCCGCCUGUUCUCAGAUGCCAAGAAGAUCCUUCUGUACAGUCAGAACGAUAAGAACCUGGAUGGCUUCAAGGAGCUGGUUCAGGCCCUGAAGGUUCUGCAGAGCAGCCGCUCAGGCUUCAAGUUGAAGCAUUUCCUGCAAGACAAUGAGACUCUGUCGAGCUUCCUGCAGAGGAACGCCUCCUUCUCCGAACAUGCCAUCCUGCAGAUCACAGAGGCCGACGUCAACCUGGAGAAGGUCCUCCUCAGAGGAGUCGGGGUCCAUCUCGGGGACAUGUGUCCCAGCAAGGGGGGCAAGCAGAAUCUUGAGGACUUUGUGAGGAUCUUGGACCAGGAAGUGGCGAAGCAGGUGCAGAAAAUCAUCUGCCAGGCAUCGCCCACCUGGCUGGACCAGGCUCAGCAGAACUUUGUCAAGAACCUGGACUUCUUCAAACCCAUUCGGAGGGACGUCCGGUCCGAUCCCGAGGCUGUCCAGCAGGUUGCCGUAGCAGCCAACAAACUUCUGGACAGUUUGGGUUUACUGGCUGUGGAGUUAGCCGGGAUGAAAAGCUGGGUCGACCUGAGGAAUGAGAUCAUCUUCCUGACUCAAAACGCCACCUCAUCACCCAGCACCAUGUACCAGGCCGUGUCCAGGAUCGUGUGUGGUCACCCUGAAGGCGGAGGCCUGCAGAUCAAGUCCCUCAACUGGUACGAAGACAGCAAUUACAAGGCUCUGUUCGGGAACCACAACAGCAGUGAGGACGACGCCGCCACCCACUACGACAACUCCUCCACUCCGUACUGUAACGGUCUGGUCAGGAGCAUGGACUCAAACCCGAUGUCCCGGAUGAUCUGGCAGGCUCUGAAGCCUCUGCUGCUGGGGAAGAUCCUGUACACCCCCCACACCCCCGCCACACAGAGGAUCAUCCAUGAGGUGAACCGGACCUUUCAGGAGCUUGGUGUGUUCAGGGACCUGGGCGGCAUGUGGGAGGAAGUGAGGCCUAAAGUGUGGGACUUCAUGGAGAACAGCCAGCAGAUGGACCUGAUCAGGACUCUGCUGAAGAACAACGCCACCGCCUCUUACUUCCACGCUCAGCUGACCAACACCGACUGGACCGUGUCUGACAUUUCAGACUUCCUGUCUAAGAAAGUGGACGAGUCGCGACCGCCAGGCAGCGCCCUCACCUGGAGAGAGGUGUUUAACGAGACGGACCAGGCCAUCAUGAGCAUCUCCCGCUUCAUGGAGUGUGUGAACCUGGACAAACUGGAGCCGGUCUCCACUGAAGAGCGACUCAUUAACCAGUCCCUGCUAUUACUGGAGGACCGGAAGUUCUGGGCAGGAAUCGUGUUCCCGGACAUCCCCGCCAACGCCACCGAGCUCCCGUCCAAACUCAACUACAAGAUCCGUAUGGACAUUGACAAUGUGGAGCGGACCAACAAGAUCAAAGACGCGUACUGGGACCCUGGUCCUCGCGCUGACCCGUUUGAGGACAUGCGGUACAUCUGGGGCGGGUUCUCCUACCUGCAGGAUGUCAUCGAGCACGGCAUCAUCCGAGCGAUAACAGGCACAAAGGAGAAGACCGGGGUAUACAUCCAACAGAUGCCGUACCCCUGCUAUGUGGAUGACAUUUUUCUGCGGGUGAUGAGCCGCUCCAUGCCGCUCUUCAUGACGCUGGCCUGGAUGUACUCUGUGUCCAUCAUCCUGAAGAGCGUUGUGUAUGAGAAGGAAGCCCGUCUGAAGGAGACCAUGAGGAUCAUGGGCCUGGACAACGGCAUCCUAUGGUUCAGCUGGUUCAUCAGCAGCCUGAUUCCUCUGCUGAUCAGUGCCGGAUUGCUGGUUCUGCUGCUCAAGAAGGGAAACCUGCUGCCUUACAGUGACCCCGGGGUUAUCUUCCUCUUCCUGGCAUCCUACGCCGUGGUCACCAUCAUGCAGUGUUUCCUCAUCAGCACAGCGUUCGCCCGGGCCAACCUGGCCGCCGCCUGUGGAGGAAUCAUCUACUUCACCCUCUACCUGCCCUACGUGCUGUGCAUCGCCUGGUCCGACUACAUUGGCUACGGAGCCAAAGUCUUUGCUAGCCUCCUGUCUCCUGUGGCAUUUGGGUUUGGCUGCGAGUACUUCUCUCUGUUUGAGGAGCAAGGAGUCGGUAUCCAGUGGAAGAACCUGGUGUCCAGCCCUCUUCAGGAAGACGAAUUCAGCCUCCGUACCACUAUCCUCAUGAUGUACUUUGACUCCUUCCUGUAUGGAGUCCUCACCUGGUACCUCGAGGCUGUGUUUCCAGGUCAGUACGGGAUCCCUCGGCCCUGGUACUUCCCCUUCACCAAGUCCUACUGGUUUGGAGAGAAGGAGGGAAAGUCCAACAAAGUCCCUCUGAACCGCAAAGGAAACGCUUCAGCGGUGUGUAUGGAGGAGGAACCAGCUCACCUGGAGCCAGGAGUCUACAUUGAGAACCUGGUGAAGGUUUACAGACACGGUAAGAAGUUGGCGGUGGACGGACUGACGCUUGGAUUCUACGAAGGACAAAUCACAUCUUUCCUGGGACACAACGGAGCUGGAAAAACCACCACCAUGUCCAUCUUGACCGGCUUGUUCCCUCCCACCUCUGGCACUGCUUACAUCCUGGGCAAAGACAUCCGGACGGAGCUGAGCAGCAUCAGACAGAGUCUCGGUGUCUGUCCUCAACACAAUGUCCUCUUCAGCAUGCUAACAGUGGAGGAGCACAUAUGGUUUUAUGCCCGUCUCAAAGGUCUGACGGAGGAGCAGGUGAAAGGGGAGAUUGAGCACAUCCUGAUGGACACAGGGUUGCCUCACAAACGCAGAUCCAGAACCAGCACUCUGUCUGGCGGCAUGCAGAGGAAGUUGUCCGUGGCUCUGGCCUUUGUUGGCGGCUCCAAGGUGGUGAUCCUGGAUGAGCCCACGGCCGGCGUCGACCCCUACGCCCGCAGAGGAAUCUGGGACCUGCUGCUGAAGUACCGACAGGGUCGGACCAUCAUCCUGUCCACGCACCACAUGGAUGAAGCCGAUAUGCUGGGUGACCGCAUCGCCAUCAUCUCUCAUGGGAAGCUGUGCUGUGUGGGCUCCUCUCUGUACCUGAAAAACCAGCUGGGGACGGGCUACUACCUGACUCUGGUGAAAAAAGACCCGGAACCAUCGCUCAGCUCCUGCAGGAACUCUUCCAGCACUGUCUCCUUCAGCAAGAAGGACGAGGACGGCGCCUCUGUCAGCAGCAGCGACGCGGGACUCGGCAGCGAACAUGAAAGUGAGGCAGCCACCAUCGAGAACGGCCCCUCGGCAUCCAUCUGCACCGCCCCCUUCGUCCCGCCGGACCCGUCUCUGGUGUCCAGCCUGAUCCUGCGCCAUGUCCCCGCCGCCCGUCUGGUGGAGGACCUGGGACAUGAGCUGACCUACGUCCUGCCAUACAGCGCUGCCAAGGACGGAGCCUUUGUGGAGCUCUUCAAAGACCUGGACCUGAAACUGGCUGAGCUUGGCAUCUCCAGCUACGGCGUGUCCGACACUACGCUGGAGGAGAUUUUCCUAAAAGUUGCUGAAGAUAACGGAGUCGACACUGAGAUGCCGUCAGAUGGCACACUUCCUGUUCAGAGGAGGAGGAGGACGCACGCGUUUGGUGGAGGAGAGCAUCAGAGCUGUCUGAAACCGUUAACAGAGGAUGACAACGACAACUGCAACGACUCUGAUGGAGACCCUGACUGCAGGGAGACCGACUGGCUGAACUGCACAGAAGGUAAAGGCUUGUACCAGGUGCAGGGGUGGAGCCUGAAGAGGCAGCAGUUUGUGGCUCUGAUGUGGAAACGUUUUCUGUACGCACGGCGCUCCAGGAAGGGCUUCUUCGCUCAGAUCGUUCUUCCUGCCGUGUUCGUCUGCAUCGCCCUGGUCUUCAGUCUGAUUGUGCCCCCAUUUGGAAAGUAUCCCAGUCUAGAGCUGCAGCCCUGGAUGUAUGAGGACCAGGUCACCUUCAUCAGUGAUGACGCUCCUGGAGAUGCCAACAUGCAGAAGUUAUUAAAUGCUCUGUUGGACCCUCCAGGCCUCGGGAGUCGCUGCAUGGACGGACAUUCCAUCCUAGAGGCCCUCUGUACGAUGGGGGACGAGGACUGGCACACCCCUGAGGUCCCUGAAAGCGUCCAGCAGCUGUUCAGCUCCAGAAACUGGACCAUGGACGACCCGUCUCCAGCCUGUUUCUGCACCUGUGAUGGGAAGAAGAGGAUGCUGCCAGAAUGUCCUGCUGGAGCUGGAGGCCUGCCUCCACCUGAGAUGAAGCUCAGUGCCUCCGACACGCUGCAGAACCUGACGGGAAGAAACGUCUCUGACUACCUGGUGAAGACUUAUGCUGAGAUCAUCGGAAAGAGCCUGAAGAAUAAAGUCUGGGUGAAUGAAUUCAGGUACGGAGGCUUCUCAUUGGGCGCCCGGAGCACACAAGUCCUCCCACCAGCCAAUGAGAUUGAUGAUGCCAUUGAGAGAGUCCGAAAGAUCUUUGAAUUACAGAAGGGAGCUGCUGCCGACCGCUUCCUGGACAGCCUGUCCAGCUUCAUCAACGGCCUGGACACCAAAAACAACGUCAAGAUCUGGUUCAACAACAAAGGCUGGCACAGCGUGCCGGCCUUCAUCAACGUGAUGAACAACGGCAUCCUGAGAGCCACCCUACCCGGAGACGCCGACCCCAGCAGCUACGGCAUCAUCGCCCACAACCACCCGCUCAACCUGACCAAGGAGCAGCUGUCCCAGGUCGCCCUGGUAACCACCUCAGUGGACGUCCUGGUGUCGAUCUGCGUCAUCUUCGCCAUGUCCUUCGUCCCUGCGAGCUUUGUGGUCUUCCUCAUCCAGGAGCGAGUCAGUAAAGCCAAACACAUGCAGUUCAUCAGCGGCGUGCAGCCGCUGCUCUACUGGGUGGCCAACUUCAUCUGGGACAUGUGUAACUACUUCGUCCCAGCAACACUCGUCAUCCUCAUCUUCAUCUGUUUCCAACAAAAAGCCUACGUCUCCUCCACCAACCUGCCGACGCUUGCCCUGCUGCUGCUACUCUACGGCUGGUCCAUCACGCCACUCAUGUAUCCAGCCUCCUUCUUCUUCAAAAUCCCCAGCACAGCGUACGUUGUUCUCACCAGUGUCAACAUCCUCAUCGGGAUCAACGGCAGCAUCUCCACCUUCGUCAUGGAGCUUUUUGGAGACCACGAGAUCGGCGGCAUCAAUGACAUCCUGAAGAACGUCCUCCUCAUCUUCCCUCACUUCUGUCUGGGUCGGGGACUCAUCGACAUGGUGAAGAACCAGGCCAUGGCUGAUGCCCUUGAGAGAUUUGGUGAGAACCGGUUCCGCUCCCCUCUGGAGUGGGACAUGGUGGGAAAAAACCUGCUCGCCAUGGCUGUGGAGGGAGUGGUCUUCUUCAUCAUCACUGUCCUCAUUCAGUACCGGUUCUGCAUCAAACCCAGGCCUGUCAGUAAACUCACCAAACUGGGAGCUGUGGGUGAGGAAGAUGAGGAUGUGGCCCGAGAGAGGCAGAGAAUUGUCCACAGUCUCGGACACGGAGACAUCCUGGAGCUCCGGCAGCUCACCAAGGUGUUUAAGAGGAAGCAGAAACCAGCUGUGGACCGUCUGUGUGUCGGGAUUCCACCUGGAGAGUGUUUUGGCCUGCUCGGUGUGAACGGAGCCGGGAAGACCACCACCUUUAAGAUGUUGACGGGUGACACCUUGGUGACCAGCGGGGAGGCCUUCCUGGCUGGAAAGAGCAUCCUUAGAGAGAUUGACGAGGUCCAUCAAAACAUGGGUUACUGUCCGCAGUUUGACGCCAUCAAUGAGCUGCUGACAGGAAGAGAACACCUGGAGCUGUACGCCGUCCUCCGAGGCGUCCCCGAGAAGGAAGUGUGCGACGUGGCAGAGUGGGGAAUCAGGAAACUGAGUCUGUUGAAGUACGCCGAUAAAAGAGCCGGAAGUUACAGCGGGGGGAACAUGAGGAAGCUGUCCACGGCCAUGGCUCUGAUCGGAGCGCCGUCGGUCGUCUUCCUGGACGAGCCCACCACCGGCAUGGACCCCAAGGCCCGCCGGGCCCUCUGGAACUGCAUCACCAGCGUCAUCAAGGAGGGCCGCUCCGUCGUCCUCACCUCGCACAGUAUGGAGGAAUGUGAAGCCCUGUGUACCAGGAUGGCCAUCAUGGUGAACGGCAGGUUCAGGUGUCUCGGCAGCGUCCAACACCUGAAGAACAGGUUCGGUGACGGCUACACUAUCAUCCUACGGGUUGCGGGGCCCGACCCAGACCUGGUUCCUGUCAUGAAGUUCAUAGAGAGCGAGCUGAGCGGCAGCAGCCUGAAGGAGAGCCACCGGAACAUGCUGCAGUACCAGCUGCCGUCCUCGCUCACCUCGCUCGCCCACAUCUUCUCCAUCCUCGCCAAGAACAAGGACACGCUCCGGAUCGAAGACUACUCCGUCACUCAGACCACACUGGACCAGGUUUUUGUGAACUUUGCGAAGGACCAGAGUGACGACUAUCUGUCCAAAGACAUGUCAGUGAGGCGGAAAGACAUCGCCAUCGACAUGCCAAUGCUAAGCUCCACCUGCAGGGCCACCGAGGGAGGGGGUGGGCCCGGGGAGAGCGUCAUGUGACCUUGUGUGACAUCUUUGGCCUGGACUUGUCCAGCGGCAGGGAGGACAGCCCCUCCUACCUGCUGUGAUGUCACACUGACUUGAAAAAGGUGGUGGGCGGAGCCACCUGCUGCCUGAUGCCAGUCAAUGCAAGUGAUUUCCUCUGAGUUAAAAACUUGACCGUUGUCAGAGCUCUUAGAGCCUCGUAAUUGAAGCUGAACGAAGACGAGUGUCGUCAGCGAUGAAGAAUCCAAAUCAUUCCAAACGGCCGAGGGCUCGACUGCAAAUCACCAGUUCUGGAUCCGUUCGGUUGGACUUAUUUAUAUUUGUAGCUGCAGCACAAACCUGUAACUUGUUUUUAUUUUGGGGUCCAUGAUGUUUCAUUGUAGUGUUGAACAACCAAUCAGAGUGCUCGAUACAAAGACGUGAUUGAUUUUCUAGUUGUUUUUUAUGAACAGAUGAUAAAGGAGCAGAUCUGUUAGUCUGGGUGUGAAAUGGUUAAAUACCUCAUCAGCUCCUGGAAGCACACUACAGUAUUGAUCGAUGGGAUCGUUGAUUGAUCGGAUCAUUGAUCGGUGGUCGUCCUCUGCAGCACUUUAAGUGUUCGAGCAUCAGUUUGUUUGCACUGAAUCAACCUUUUUCUCAUCAUCUUCUUUGUUGUGCUGCUGAUGGAAGAGAAGCUGUUACAGCCCAACAAGCAGAAUAAACAAACAAAAUCUG